AGCGAGCUCGCGCUUAGUUGUUAUCAGGACGGCGUCGGAGGAGCACUCACGAUGACGGAAGAUCGUCCAGUCGAGGGAGAAAUUGUCAGAUGUCAGUUGUUUGAGGUGGGCCCACGCUACUUCAACCUCUCCUACAUAGGCGAGGGGGCCUACGGCAUGGUGGUGUCAGCUAAUGACAGUGUUACCAAAACAAAGGUGGCUAUAAAGAAGAUAUCUCCUUUUGAACAUCAGACGUACUGCCAGAGAACCCUUCGAGAGAUCAAAAUACUAACGAGGUUCAAACAUGAAAAUGUGAUAGAUAUCCGUGACAUAAUACGAUCCCAGAAGAUAGAUGCAAUGAAGGACGUUUAUAUUGUACAGUGUUUAAUGGAAACCGAUUUAUACAAGCUUCUCAAGUCCCAGAAACUGAGUAAUGACCACAUUUGCUACUUUCUCUAUCAAAUUCUCCGAGGCUUGAAAUAUAUUCACUCUGCGAAUGUUCUGCACCGUGACUUGAAACCAUCUAACUUGCUGCUGAAUACUACAUGUGACCUGAAGAUCUGUGACUUUGGGUUAGCUCGAGUUGCUGACCCUGAGCACGACCACACAGGUUUCCUAACAGAAUAUGUCGCCACACGCUGGUACCGUGCUCCAGAAAUUAUGCUCAAUUCAAAGGGCUACACCAAGUCGAUUGACAUUUGGUCGGUGGGGUGCAUCUUAGCGGAGAUGUUGUCAAACCGUCCUUUGUUUCCUGGCAAGCAUUAUCUGGAUCAGUUAAACCACAUUCUUGGCAUACUGGGCUCUCCGUGUCAAGAGGACCUUGAUUGUAUCAUCAACGAAAAGGCCAGAAGUUAUCUGCAGUCUUUACCUUACAAGCCAAAGGUUCCUUGGACAAAGCUCUACCCUAAUGCAGAUGCCAAAGCAUUAGACCUGUUAGACAAGAUGCUGACCUUUAAUCCUCACAAACGCAUUACAGUUGAAGAGGCACUUGCUCACCCAUACUUGGAACAGUAUUAUGACCCUGCAGAUGAGCCUGUUGCCGAGGAACCUUUCAAAUUUGAAAUGGAACUUGAUGAUCUACCAAAGGAGAAACUCAAAGAAUUAAUCUUUCAGGAAACAGUGCUAUUUAAACAACGAAUUGUUGUUGAAACACCUAUGCAGCAAAACUGAAGAAGAUAGGAUUAAGAAGUGUUUUGAGUAAUGAGGGGUAUAGUAUGACCAGGCUAACUUCUUUGGGAGGACACUCAUUGAAAUGUCAUUAAACUCUUGGCAAGCUAGCCUCUUUGUUGAAGGUUCAAGUAAUACCAGGAACUGUGUUGAGUCUUGACAAUGAAGAAUGCAAUGUUUAGGCCAUUGGAGAUUAUUUGCUCUUGAAAACCCCUUUCAGGUUUAUGAGGAACCUGAAACAAAGGCCAUGAUUUCUUUGUGACAAAAAUAGGAAGUGCCUCACUUUAAAAGUCAUUUAGGCAAUAUGAAAGACUCUUGAGUAUUUCAUCUAGGAAGUGAGCUUGCAAAGAGUUCAUCUGCUAUGAGCAUCGUAAAAGGUUCGAUGCCAGUUUGUAGACACAGAGGACAAGAUGUUUAAUGACUUGUAGUGUCAGAUUCUGAGGAACUCUCCUCCAAGAAUCUAAUCACUACUUUCAAUCUUGUGGCACUUUUACUGAACAUGUGUGUGUCACAUAUGGCUGGUAAUUGCUUAAAUUUUUAGACAAGUUCAGGUUACAUGUGUUUUCAGAAGCAAGGGACAUAAUCCUCAUUAAGUGAUUUCUUUCUAGAGUAACAGUGGUGUUUGCUUAUUUGAGUGGUAUUGUUUGUAUGCUCCUCUUGGACAGUCAAUGCCAUGCUACUUUAGAAAUUUGUAUGGUGAUGUACAGUAAUUGCAAGGAGGUUAUUGUUAACCUUCUUUGGAUGCCUACUACUAUUGUUCACAACCCUUGGAAUGUGGUUGUUCAGUGCUUCUGGAUUUUGUUUCCUGGUGAGGGAGGGAAGGCUGGGUUGUGGAAGGGAAAUGAAAAUUACUUAAUUAUUUUUGGAAAGCUGUUACUUAUAUAGAAUACUGGGGUUGUAAUGUAAAAUUUGUACUACCUUUCUAAUGUAAUUCCUGCAAUACUAGCCACUUACAUGUCAAGACUAGGAACACUGUGUAUAUAUAUAUAUACUGGUAUAUAUGCAUUCCAGCCAGUCUCGCUCCCUGAUAAAUCGGUGUUAUAAGGCACUGCUGCUUAUGAUUCAGAGGAGGUCAUAAACAUUGAGAUUUAUUCAACAUUGGAAAUACUGUACUAACUGCCAUUUUAGCUAAAAGUCAAAGGAAGGGAUGUUUAAAUGUUAAAGGUAUAAAAAUAUUUUUUAUCUGGUGAUGUCAGUAGUGUUUUUAAUGAAGUCUUGUGCUCAACUGAUUUAUUCUUACUGUAUUAUGUUGUUCUUAAAACUACUAAAAGACAUUAAAUAUACUGUUCCUGAGCACUACCCAAGAGAUACAGUGUUGACAUGACUAUCCUAUGACAGGAGGUUCUCAUGAUACCUUGAACUGUAUGCGGAUCCAUACAGCAUAGCUAAUUGCAGUAUUUAGGAUUUGGUUCUUGGGAGAUCCUUCUUUACGCCACUUGUCUUUUUUUUUUUUUUUUUUUAUUGCUCCAGUUUCUUUAGCACUUGUAAACAAUGGCAUUCAUAAUUUAGUUUUCAAGUUUGUUGGCUAUAAGAUUAGUAUUUACAUGUCAUAUCAACCUGGCACCAAGAAAUGUGAAAAUCUUUGGUGGGUAAAUGAACCUUAAAAUUUACUUCUACUUAUGCCCAUAUUAGAGUAUGAUGUCUUAUUUUGGGUUGAAUAUAUCUUUUUAUUUUUUUUCUAUAGGGGGUUUAGCAUUGUAUUUAAUGUGUUGGCUCGAAAGAGCAUUUCUGAUAUUAAAUGUCAUGAAUGGUAUUUUAUGACUUGGGAAGGAUAUGCAAAGUGUUGAUCAUUGAUCACAUGUCAGGGAUAUACUUAAACAGAUAAGAAACAAUGUAGGGAGCAAACCUUUCAUAAUGAGGGCAGAUUUCUGUAACAAGCAUAUCAUAUCCCAAUAUUAUGGACAGAGGUCCAAGGGUACAAGUUGACUAGUACCCAAAGAGCUGUAUUUAGACAGCAGGAUUUAUUCAAGAGUCAUGCAUUUAUAAUUUUAGCUCAAGAUUAUUAUGUACAUCUCAAA